CUGAAGGUCAUGCACGAGCUUCACCAUGCAAAUUCCCCUUACUCACGGCCAAAAACAAGCUACCUGUCCCGCUAUAUCAGUUUUGAUCCAAGAUGCGCGCACAAUGAGUCAAUUGUUUAGUUUUUCCUUUUUUCGGUCCCUUCACCUGAGGAGGCGCGUUCCAUAUGAUUCAGCCUUCUGAGGAUGAGAUUAACCAUGUACUACUCACAGUGUUUUCACGUUUACCAGUACAUAGUAUAUAAUGGACUUCGAAAUGUGGUAUGAUCAUUAUCUUCCGGUACCAUUCAAUCAUGUUCCCAGCUGUGUUGACGACUCUCCUCCUGGCCUUGUCCAUAGCGGCAUCGCCUGUUGAAAUUCGCGACUCCCCCAUCACCCUCCCAAUCGCCAGGAGGCUAAACACCUCUGGUGGUACCAUGAACCUCUUGCAGCACGACCAAUCUCGCGCCACCGCCCUCAAAGCUUUCGGCAGAGACUCUCUUGGCCGUCGUUCUGGUAGCAUUCCUGUGACAAACGAUGCUGUAGACUACGUCGCAUCAGUUGGCAUUGGCAACCCUGCCACAACCUACAACUUGAUUGUCGUCAACAGUUGCUCGAUCACAUGCGUUGACGCCACCACUUACGUGAAGACCAGCACCAGCGUCGACACUGGCAAGGCUAUAGCGGUCACCUACGGUUCCGGCUCCCUCUCUGGAACUGAGUACACCGACACCGUCACUCUCGGUAGUGAGCUCACCAUCAUCCAGCAGCCGAUUGUUGUUGCUUCCACUUCAUUCGGCUUCACUGGUGUUGAUGGUGUCCUUUGCAUCGGGCCCCUAGACUUGGGAGAGGUCCAGGCAGAUCCAUCCACGACGAUCCCGACUGUCACUGACAACCUGUAUAGCCAAGGCAUCAUUUCUCAGAUAGUUGUUGGUAUCUCUUUCGAGCCCACCACCUCGGAGUCAGACACCAACGGAGAGCUCACCUUCGGUGGAACUGACGCUACCAAGUACACCGGCGCCAUUGCAUACACUCCUCUCACCACCACCUACCCUUCAUCCUACUACUGGGGUAUCAACGAGAGUAUCACUUACGGCACCACGACCAUCUUGUCCGAGACGGCUGGUAUCAUUGAUACUGGCACUACUCUCAUCCUCAUUGCCACCAACGCCUUCAGCUUGUACCAGUCUGCAACCGGUGCUACUUUGGACGACACGACUGGUCUUCUCCGCAUUACCUCCACCCAGUACAGUGCCCUCGAGAACCUGAACUUCAAUGUUGGCAGCAGCACCUACGCUCUCACCCCUAACGGCCAGAUCUGGCCUCGUUCCCUUAACACCUAUAUAGGUGGUAGCACCAGCUACAUCUACCUCAUUGUCAACUCCAUUGGCACCCCCAGUGGUGAAGGUCUCGACUUUAUCAACGGCUACACUUUUCUUGAGCGCUUCUACACCGUGCUCGAUACCACCAACUCCCAAGUCGGUUUUGCCACAACCGCAUACACGAACGCCACUACCAACUGAUGCAAUUUUUUUAUUGGGUAUUGGGUAUUUGUACGUUACAAUAUAACAUUUUUCACAACAUAUGGACCAAGUUAUCUUCUGGAAGCAUUUCUAGAAAUAAAUUCGAUCGGAGUCGUAGUUGAGCGUUCGAACGUUAGCUAUCGCUGUUCCACGAAGACACCCCAGCU